AUGGCCGCAUGUGCUGAUAGCUUGUGUGCGGUGCCCAACCUGAGCCGCGAGGAAAAGCGCGAGGAGUUCAACCACGAUGCUGCAAAUGUGUCCGGGAUGCGCGAGAACCUCCGCGAGGACCUGAUGCGCAUCGGGCACCAGUACUUUGACGGCGCCGCCGAGAUGAGGGAGAAGCUUCGCAACGCAUGGGACGAGCUGAUUCAUGCGGCAAAGAUUCUCCUGCGGACAGCCCCGAGCAUGACCGCCUCGUGA